CCCAAAAAAAUGCUGAGAUCAACUUUCACUCCCAUAUUAACGGCUUUUCCCUCUAAGGCCAAAAAACCCCGCAACUACUCGAACACAAUUAUCACUGCAAUAACAAAAACCCCACAACCUGUUCGACAAAAUGCCUCAAUGGAGAAUAUGUUGCUACAACAGCAUACUCCAACCUCAGCUUACGUUCACCUCCCGUUCUGUCGAAAGCGCUGUCACUACUGCGACUUCCCCAUCGUCGCAUUGGGGUCAUCUUCACCUUAUGGUGAUGACGACCCUCGAAUUAUUAACUAUAUUGAUUUCCUAUGCAGAGAAAUUAAAGCCACUUCAAUACCUUCCGACUACAAGUCACCUCUUGAAACCGUCUUUUUUGGUGGAGGUACACCUUCACUUGUACCACCAAGAUUAGUAUCUCUAGUCAUGGAGACGUUGGACGCUAAAUUCGGGGUGUGUUCUGAUGCUGAAAUUUCAAUAGAAAUGGAUCCUGGUACAUUUGAUGCUAAAAAAUUGAAAGAUUUGAUGAAGUUGGGAGUUAAUAGAGUGUCGCUAGGAGUUCAAGCAUUCCAGGAGGAGUUGCUUAGGAGUUGUGGAGCGCACGGUGUACAGGAAAUUCAUGAAGCUAUUGACAUUGUUGGAUCAUGUAAUGUUGAGAAUUGGAGUGUGGACCUUAUAUCUUCACUUCCUCAUCAGAAACCACAUAUGUGGGAACAAAGCUUGAGCCUCACUAUUCAAGCAAAGCCGACACAUGUGUCAGUUUACGAUUUACAAGUUGAGCAAGAUACAAAGUUUGCAUCUUUGUAUACAGCUGGGAUCCCUCUGCCUUCUGAAAACCAAGCUGCUGAUUUGUACAGAACGGCCUCUGAAAUGCUAAGAGAUGCUGGUUAUGAGCACUAUGAGAUAAGUAGCUACUGCAAAAGUGGUUAUCAAUGCAAGCACAAUUACACAUACUGGAUAAACAAACCUUUUUAUGCUUUUGGACUUGGGUCAGCCAGUUAUCUUAAUGGACUAAGGUUUUCAAGGCCGAGGAAGCUGAAAGAUUACAUGGGUUAUGUGCAAAAUCUGGAGAAUGGACUAGUGAAUUGUUCCCAGGACAGUAAAGUAGAUGCCCAAGACAUAGCAAUGGAUGUUGUUAUGCUGUCUUUGAGAACUGCUCGAGGGUUGGAUUUGAAGUCAUUUGGCAAAGCUUUUGGCAGCUCGACUAUUCUCUCCCUCUGUGAGGUCUAUAAGCCUCAUAUUGAGAGUGGGCAUGUUGUCUGCUUGGAUGAGCAAAGGAGGGAAAUCUCCCCAGAAGAAUUCAGCUCUUUGUUAUCUGAAGGGAACAAGAUCAAUGAGGUGUUGGCAUAUAUCAGGCUUAGUGACCCUGAUGGUUUCUUAUUAUCUAAUGAGUUAAUAUCCCUCGCGUUCAAUGUGUUAGCUCCAUAAGUUUCAACCUGGAUGGCUCAGAAGAGACUGUUCUGUUAGCAAUGCUGGUGGUUAAAGGCAAGAAGCUCCCAAUACUUGGAUGUCAUCAGUUGGUUUGUGUAAGAUCUAUCGACAUGUGAACUGGUGGAACCUCAAAAGAGCAAAGGCGAGUGUGUAUACACUGCUGAACAAAACAUUGGAGAGAGUGGAAGGUUUCUGUUGCAAAGCAUAUUUAAGACAGCAGUAAAUGUAACUUGGUUAUCUGACCCCAACUGUUUAAUCGAAA